AGCUCCUCUAUCUGCACCUGUUCACAUCUCCCUUAUCGCUCUGGUCCUGCCAGUUUCUACCACGCCUCUUCUCCAACCUUUGUUCCAUGCUCCUGCCUAGGGGCCUGUAGACCUGGAACCUGAGGCUCACUUUCACUCACUGCCUCUGCCCUUCCUGACGCCUGGCUAUGUGCACAGGAAAGUGUGCCCGCUGCGUAGGGCUCUCCCUCAUCCCCCUUUCCCUGAUCUGCAUUGUGGCCAAUGCCCUCUUGCUGGUACCAGAUGGGAAGACUACCUGGACGGACCAUCUCAGUUUGCAAGUCUGGCUCAUGGCUGGCUUCAUCGGUGGGGGACUGAUGGUGCUAUGUCCAGGAAUUGCCGCUGUUCGUGCAGGGGGCAAGGGCUGUUGUGGUGCAGGCUGCUGUGGAAAUCGCUGCAGGAUGCUUCGCUCCGUUUUCUCCUCGGCCUUCGGGAUGCUUGGGGCCAUCUACUGUCUCUCAGUGUCAGGAGCCGGGCUCCGCAUUGGACCCAAAUGCUUAAAAAAUGGCAAAUGGGACUACCACUUCCAAGAAACAUCAGGCGCUUACUUGUACAAUGACACUCUGUGGGAUUGGUGCGAGGAGCCACCUCACGUGGUCCCCUGGAACGUGACACUCUUCUCUUUGCUGGUGGCCGCCUCGUGCCUGGAGAUCCUGCUGUGUGGAAUACAGCUGGUGAAUGCCACCAUUGGUGUGGUGUGCGGCGACUGCAGGAAAAAGGAGGGCGAUGUUCACUGAGGCGGACUGAUGUGGAUUAUACUGCUCACUCCUGAGUGCCUACUCACUGGCUUUCUGGAAUAAACUAGUUGUC